AUACAAGCAGACACAGGACAGGACUUUAUCUCCCCAUCCUGCUCCUGACUCACUCACUGCUUUGCAUCCACAAGACAGAGACCACCUUUCAGAAGCAACCUGUUCUAGCAGCCAUGGCCAAUAAAGGACCAUCAUACGGCAUGAGCCGUGACAUUCAGUCUCGUAUUGAGAAGAAGUAUGAUGAUGAACUCGAGGCGCGUCUGGUACAGUGGAUACGGAUGCAGUGUGGGGAUGAAGUAGGGACACCAGAGGAAGGAAGGCUCGGUUUCCAGCAGUGGCUAAAGAAUGGAGUGAUUCUCUCAAAACUGAUUAACAGUCUGUAUCCCAAAGGAUCCCAUCCAGUGAAAAUCCCAGAUUCUCCCCCCAGCAUGGUUUUCAAGCAGAUGGAGCAGGUUGCUCAGUUCCUGAAGGCAGCAGAGGAGUAUGGGGUGGUGAAAACAGAUGUCUUCCAAACCGUGGACCUGUAUGAAGGGAAGGACAUGGCAGCCGUGCAGAGAACAAUUGUGGCCCUUGGAAGCAUUGCAGUCACCAAGAAUGAUGGACAAUACAAAGGGGACCCUGCCUGGUUUAUGAAGAAAGCCCAGGAGCACAAACGGGAUUUCUCAGAUGAUAAACUGAAACAGGGAAAGAAUGUGAUCGGUCUGCAGAUGGGCAGCAACCAGGGGGCCUCCCAGGCUGGAAUGACGGGGUACGGCCGCCCGAGACAAAUUAUCAGCUAAAUCCCAACGUGCAUGAAAACUAUAAACCUCUUCUCUUACGUACACGCAUUGCACUGCUGUCUCGGCGUGAAAGGGUUGAACUCGGGGCAUCCAACGAGAAGCUCUCCAGCUGCUAUUUAACUAUAACUCUAAAGAUUGUCAGCCAGCCUCUGAGCAUCUGAUAAUCUUGGGACUUGUAGUGUAAAAGCUGCAGAGUUACUUGCUGGUUGUCCCUGGGUAAGCCAAGCGACUGUCAGCCCUGUUACACCCUUAUCCAUCCUUUAUCCAAACAGGCGGAGUGAAAUAAUAUAACAUAACAUGAGGGAAUCAAACUUUUCAAUAGGGCUAAAUAUCACCUCUCACACUUAAAGCUCAGCUAAAGCGAAAAAGGCCAUUACUGCUGUAUCUGAAAAGGCCCUGCACCAGGUCGGAUCUAUACUUGGUUCCUGUGCCCACUUUACCACUUGUUCUGUGUCGGUUGCAUCAAUUCCUGAGCUACUAGGCUAGGCCCAAACGCUUGCUUAGCCAUAACACCUAUAUAUGAUAAAUGGUCAAGCAAAUACAUCAUGUCCAUAACACAUCAUCAUCCUGCACCCUUUCAUCCUCUCAUCUUCAUGUCUUGUACAUCUGAAUCCACUCUUCCCUUACAAUCACCCUACCUCACAUCCCCAUGCCCUCUUUGCUCUUCCACAGCAACAACUAACCUGUAUCCCUCCAACUGUUAACCUCAUUAACCCCAUACAGCUGCUUGGGUUGACUAUAGCAAUAACCGAGUACUUCUUUCACCUCCUCCAUCACGCCUCACAGUAGUGUCCUCUCACCAAACUCCUCAGUCCAUUCCACAUCUUUAACCAAAACCACCUUUGACGAGCGCUGUUUUAAAAUGAGAAAUAAAACCUGAAAUUUUGUAUUUUUGUUGGACAAAAUAAACCUGUUUUAAUCAUA